GUAAAGUUUGGGAGAAUGUUUAUCAAUACGAAUUGCUGUUGUUUGUAUAAUGAUUUAUUUUCAUUUCCAGUGAAUAGCUCAGUCCUUGAAAAAGAGCGCCAACUCAUUGCUGAAAAGUUGCUCAAAGUAAUGUGUUCUGAUCUGAAUGCAUUGACUGUGGUAAACGGAAAAGACUUUGUCAAACUUGCUCAGACUCUUGUUGAUGUUGGUGCACGUUAUGGAUCCUUUCCUGUAGCUGAAAUCCUCGGGGAUAUGAAUACACUUGCUCUGAAACAUCUGCCCAGAAUGUACAACCAAGUGAAAGUAAAAGUCACAUGUGCGCUUGGAAGCAAUGCGUGCUGGGGAAUAGGUGUCACCUGUCAUUGUCAAAAUGUUGGCUCGGAGUCAUACUACAUUCUAACAGCACAUCAGGUAGAGGGAUUGCACAUGAAGAGAUAUGUGCUCGGCAUUAAAGAAGUAGAUGGCAAAGAAACUGGUGAGCAGGUUCACCAGUGGGUAUUAAAUGUACUUUCAGAAUUUGUCAUGUCAGAGAUGCGAACCAUUUACGUCACAGAUAGCAAAGUCAGUUCAGCUACACUGUUGAAAGCUGGAAUGUGCCUGCGAUGUUCAGCUUGUGCAUUAAACUCAACAGUAAGGAGUGUGCUUAAUGAAAGGACAUUACAAGCACAAAACAUGCCAGAAGUUACUGAACUUGUGAGUAACUGCAUACAGUUAAUGAGCUCACUUGAACAAGAUACCAUCAGUCCAGAGUUAUCCAGCCUUCUUGAAGCACAACAGGUUCCCUGUUGCUGGAAUUCUGUUGCAGAUUCUCUCCUCCUUGUACAUGAGAAGUAUGAACAGUUACGAGAAUUAAUCAGCGGAAGGAAGGAACUCAAGCACCUCCAAAAUUGCAAUAAAAGUUUGUUGAGCAACCUCACAGCCAUUUUGGCUCCUGUAAAGCAGGCUGUAAUAGAGCUGAGUUGUGAAAAUAGACCAACAUUACAGCUUGUGCUCCCCACCUAUAUAAAAUUAGAGAAACUUUUCACUUCCAAAGCUAAUGACGCUGGCACUGUAAGUAAACUGUGCCAUCUUUUUCUGGAGUCUUUAAAGGAGAACUUUAAAGUGGAGACUGCUCAUAAAGUUGCAAUGGUCCUGGAUCCACAUCUGAAGCAUUUGAGGUCAGUGCCACACUACCAACAAGAGGAAGUAAUCAAUCGAGUUUGUGAGAUGAUUUCAGAUAUUGGACAGUCAUGUGAAGAUACCAUUGAAUUCCAGCCUGCAAGAAAGAAAGUGUGUGGAAUUAAUGAAAACCUGAAAACACCACCAAAGAAAGAGGUGAGCCAAGAUGAGCGAAAAGAUGAAGUAUUUCAAUAUUUAAAGGAACCUGUGCCCAAUAAAACUGUAGAUCUGUUCAAUUACUGGUCAAAUGCCACUCAAAAGCAUCCUAAGUUAGCCAAACUUGCCUUUUGGCUUUUGGCUGUGCCAGCUGUUGGUGCAAGAAGUGACUGUAUGCAUAAUUUUGGUGAGACAUUUUCAGGAAAGCAAAAAGGGCAGCUGACACCUGAGGUUGUAAACAAACUAAUGUUUUUGAGAUCAAACUUGCAGUAGCUGCCUCUCUGUCUGACCUAUUGGUGCUCUCAAGCAGAACUAAACCCAGGUGGUGAAGUCAGUUUUAGUACAUAUAACUUUUUCUUACUGUGAUAAUUUUUGUCUUAUUUCUGUGGUUGGGCCACUUCAUUUGUUAAAAUGUUCUGGAUGAGCGGCCCUGAUGACUUGCUGAGUUUAUUCAGUGAGUGGCUGGACCAUGCAGACCAGGAAUGGCCCAGAUUUGAUCCCUUGUCUGUGCUGAGGUAAUUAGAGAAGAGCUGCAACUGCUUUUUUGGCCAUGUUACUAUUAAUCUAAAUAAAUAGUUAAAGCAUACUGAUCAUAGAAUAUGUGUUCCUGAACUAAAGAUUUAAGUUGUAUUGGUUGCACAGUUUGCAACAAAUUGGUUAAUCCUACAUUUUAAUUGAAGCCAUUCUGCCAAGAUUGGAGCAUGCAUUAAGCUACAGGAAAGCUGUGGUUUGUCCAUUUUGUGCUUCCAGCAAACACCAGGGUCAAAUCUGUGUGAUCUCUGUCUUUGUUACUGUUGUCUCUGGCUAUACCAUAAUUUGUGUGUACCAAAUGCACAAAAAAGAAAAUAGUUCUUAAUUGUUAAAAAUAGAAUGGUUAAAGAGAAAUGAAAACAUUGAUUUCCAGCCAAAGUUUGAGUCCUCCAUGGUUCUACACUCAACCUGUGUUCUCCUGGUUUGUUUUGAUGGUCAUCUUUAAUAUAGGCAAUUGUCCAAAAUUACAAUGUGAGCAGAUGGUGCUGUUGUAUAUUACUUGCCAAAAUCGAUGGAGCUAUUAUCUUCUACAUUUGAGAUACAUCUGUUGUUUCAGAAAUGGUUAUCUGACAGUCGUUUAUUCAAUUAAAAAGUCACGUUCUCUGAGUAGGAAGUUCCCAGGCAAUGAAAUUUGAUGUCCAAAUUAGUUGAACUUGAGAAAUGAAUUUUAAAUAUUUAUCUAGAUGAAAAUCUGACUUUCAGAUAUCUGCUGAAUGUAUUGAAGAAAAAGAUUGCACCAAAGUAGCUUCUUUUGAAACCUAUGAGGGACAUUGAAAAUACUGAACACUUGUUUGAUUUUAACUGGUCUUCUCUUCAACUAACAAAGCCAUAUACUAAAAACCAAAUAUUAACAUACAACAAUCCAAAAAUACAUAGCAUGACAGUACUGUAAUAAAAGUGACUUAAGACCUUAAACAUGAAACACAACAAAUGACCAAAAACAAAACACUUUAUAAGCAUCUCCUUUCCCAGACUCAUUUUUGUGCAAUGUAUCCUACACUUGAACCUAGGUAGAAGGUAGUACCAAAACCAAUAGAAACUAACAGAAGGACCACCGUAUAUCAAGUAUUUUUUGGUAUUUCCCUACAAAAUUCAGUAUGAAACAAAAAAGGUACAGUUGCAUUCCACAAUUUACAAGAUGGUUCUCUGCCCCCAGGAGCUACUUGAGAACUCUUUAGAAGUCAGUGUUAUUCCAAAGUUUUUCAUCCUUUCAGUGAGGCUUGGUCCUUCUUACAGUGCUGCAUUACUGCUCUCGCUAAGGUUUGUACAAGUUAAUGUUAAUAUGAGAAAGGAUUCCUUCAAUAUUACCCAGCAGGAGAUAGGUCAGCAGAUAUGUCAUUGCAGAUAGAAGUCUCUAUUUGACAAUGUCUGUAUUCAAGCAUACUUUCUAAAACAUUUUGAACCUCGGAUAUCCUACCAAAUACAGGAAAGUACCCAUGGACUAAUUGUGUUCAUGAUGAAAGUAUCAGGUCAUUGAACCAGGUGUUCAAAGUCUAAAUGGUGUCCAAUAGAUUCUGAGAGUAAUUUUGAAUGGUUUACUUAAAAUAUGGAUCUAUCCAACAUAAAAAUAUACAGUCUGCCAUUUAAUGUAUUCCUCAGAUGAAAGUUGUACAACAAAAUCCUUUUUCCAAGUUGUUCCAUGACCUUUUGCUGUUGCGCAGAUUGUGUCGAACUUUUUAAAAGCAAAGAAAGGCACAAAUACUAUACUAUUUGACAAUGUUUCAAGCUGGAAGAUAUGUAAAACUUUGUUUUUAAUACGAGGACACUGUGUAGUCACAUUAGAACUCUAUAAAUAGGAAGUUUAUAUUUAAAAUGGAUUUGUUCAAAUGAGUACCACUUACUUUAGUAAAUUGUUAUUAAUCCUGUGCAGCCAAUCUUUAAAACAACCAAGGUUCUUGUUCAUCUGUAUAUAUGAAUUAAACUAAAAUGGCAACAUGUUGAACUGAAAUUAAUUGUCUUGUUUAAGCACGUUUACAAAAUGAGAGAUCUGCCACUUUUCCCUUAGAGUUGAACCCAGUAGAUAUUACAUCAAAGAAUGCGGCCGUUUGGCCUUUUGAGAUCAUGCAGGUUCCCUAUAGAGCCAUCUGGUCAGUUCCAUUCCCGUGCUAUCUUCUUGGUGCCCUGCAUGUUUGUUUUCCUCAGGUGUGUAUCUAACUUAUUUUUAAGAUUAUUGAUCAAGUCACCUUCUGCCAUGUUCAUAGACAGUGAGCUCCAGGUCAUUAGCACUCCCUCCCACCAAGCUUUUGUCCAAAUCCUUAAUAUGUCAUGCCUCAUUAUUGUACAAGCAGCUACUGGAAACUACUUUUCCUACCUUAUCCAAAUCUGUUGUCAUUUUGCCCAUCAUUAUUGAAUCUCCCCUCCAGCUCCUUUGUUCCAAGAACUACAACUUUUAGAAGGCAGCCCAAUCCCUCAUCUCUGGAGUACUUCUACUUUCAGGUUAAAUAUAUGGUGCAGUUUCAAAGUUUCAAACAAGUUCUGUUAAUUAAGAGUUCUCAGCAAAUUAAUCAGAGAGACGAACUAUUUACUUUUAGGGGAAAUGAUAUAUUCAAAUCUGAAACCUUCUCCCACUGCUUGCAAAGUCUUUGGGUAAUAUGAUUUUCAUACUUGAGCAGAUUCCACCUGUCUGUAUGUCUAUACAUUCUAAAAAUAAAGCGUAGUUAAUGAUGAAAAUUGGAAAAGAAAAUCAACACAGUAACUUGAGCAGUUUAAAUGCUUUCUACUCCACCUCUAUCGUGUUAAAAUUAGUAAGUACUUAUGUGUUCAAGAUCCAGAGUAAGCAUUCCAAAUAGCUGUCAUUUUCUUGACCAAUGGAUAUUUUUCUUGCUACGGUGCUGUUCAGAAACCAGGAAGAACAUGUCUGACCAGCUAGUGUUUUCUUUGCUGUGAGAAUGUAUUUUGUUCUUUAAAAUGGAACAACCUAUUUCUAUAGUGGUUUGCAAAGAUAUAAUAUGAAAUGAAUAUCAUACAUCAUGAGUAUUAAAUAAUCUUCCUUUUAAUAAAGGCCCUCUGAUUAAAAGUAAAUUGUUGUUCCAGAUCUUGACAUGCGUGGAGCCACUUUUUAUUGUAAUGGAUGAAUGCUGUGUUAGCUGAACACUUUGGUCGGCAUCUUCCAUUCUGACUUGAGUUGAUCUGGUUGGUCUGGCAUUAGUGCUGAGAGGCCCUACAUGUGCUUGAGGUAUUGGUUUAUCAGAAUUGUGGCUCACACAACUGGGUCUUUUUCAGUUCAGCCCUAAACUGCUAUUUAAUAUUAAGAAAAAUCCCUAGCUUCAUUGCCGAUGAGAUAAGAUGUCUAUGUCAAAAUCAUAGCUUUUACCCAUAAUAUUUAAUUUCCUCUAUUAGUGAAUAUAGUAGGAGAAUUUACCAGUUGCUGAAUUAAAACAUAUUUUUCUUGUACUUAUUAAUACAAUGUUUAACAACUAUAGUUCUAGAGCCCUUAGCCCUCCAGAAGAUGUUGCAAAAGCCAGAAAUUCCAAUAAGCAUUUAGCUGGACCUUAUGCAAGCUUCAACAACUGAAAAUCCAAUUUUUUCCUUCUUCAGGAAUCAUCAGAUUUUCAGUCAUUGUUGUGAUGCUACUUCCAUUUAUUCUCACUGUGCACUUUCUAUUCGGAACUGUCAUUUUUUUCUUGCCAAUAUGGUCAUCAACAAUGGUUUCCAGUUUCUAAAGCUUAUCCAUAAAAAUAUCCCCAGCCUCACAGGCUUUCAUUUCUGAGUAUAUCCAGUAUUCUCUUUAUCGCAAUGACAACCACAGCUACUUCAGCUGCAUUUUCUCACAUUAUGCUUCUUGUCUGAACUCUGUUCCAUUCUCUACUUUCUUCCAUUCUCCUACUUUCUCCAUCUUUAUUGUAUCUGUUCUGACAAUGCAACCUUCCAUACUAGCUAAUAUGCCUUUCUUCUGCCUCAACACAAGAUCUCACACACUGCUAUGAUGCUCAACUGUGUCUGUUUCAUUUCAUGCAGUUCUUCUGUCCCAUUCCACCAUCUGCCAUUACUAUGAUAGGCUUGGCCUUGUUGUCGUCUUCUACCCACAACAGCCUCUGUAUUCAAUGGAUCAUUCUCUGCCAUUUUUGCCAUGACCACGAUGGUGCUACUGUCAAACACCUUUUCCUUUUGCUUCAUUUUCCAACAUUCUGAAGGAACCAUUCCCUUUUAUCACCUUGAUCCACUCCUCAAUCACCUAUAAUAUUCCCUCCUUUUCCCACAGUAUUUUCCAUGUAAACUCUGGAUUAACAGCACCUGACCUUUUACACCACUUUUUCUCAGCAUCCAAGGCCCUGAGCACUUCUUCCAGAUUGAAAAUACAACCAAAUCACUUUUAAUCUAUUGUACUAUAAUCAUUGCUCUCAAUGCAGCCUCCUUUACACAGGGGAGUCAAAAAGCAGAUUGGUAAUUACUUUGUGAACAACCUCUCUUAGUCCACAAGUGUGACCUCAAAACUUCGAGUUGACUGUCCUUUAAUUAUCGAACUUGCUCCUAUUCUGAGCUCUCUGUCUUUGUCUUUGGCCUCCACAGUGUACUGUUGAAAGUUAAUGCAAGCUUGAGGACAAGCACCUCAUUUUUUGAUUUGCAACAUUACAGUCUCCCAAAUUAAGAAUCAAGUUAAACAGCUCAAGCUCAUCAUAUCUGCCCUGACUCUUGUUUUCUUUUUGUCAGCUGGUUUUGAUUUUUCUUUUCUCUCUACAUUUUUCUCCUCUCUUGAUUUGUAACAGCAAUUUUUAAUAAUUGUGCUGUACAUACCUAUGAACAUAUGAACAAGGAGCAGGAAUAGGCCCCUCAGCCCUUCGAACCUGCUUUGCCAUCCAGUAAGAUUAUUGAUGAUCCAAUUGUAACAACAAAUCUAUGUUCAAACCACCCUUGACAAUCUUUAGCCCCAUCACCUUACUAGGAAUCUAUUCAAUGAUGCCGUUAAAAAUAUUUAAAGACUGUGCUUCCACUGCCUUUUGUGGAAGAGAGUUCCAAAGACUCACGAACCUCAGUGAAAAUUUUGUCUGAUCUUUGUUUUUAAAUUCUGAGACCUAUUGUGUUUCUUCACCACUGUCUGUUUUUAUUUCAGGUCUCCAGCAUCUUCAGUUUCUUACUUCAACUUGCAUGUCUAAUUCACUGCCACUUCUCUUUCAGGUAUGUCUACCUUGAAGUUCCACUUUUCCCUCUGAUGGGAUUUCUGUUUGAAUCUUACAGCUUUGUUCACAUUCGUUGCUUUCUAUUUUCCUGUAUUUGCCAAAACUCAGUUGAACAGCCAUAUCUACUGCCUCGGUGACUGUCUCCAGCUCCAACUUAACCCACGUGGAUUCCAACUGAAGUUUCAUCCUUCGUGUUUUAAAUCCUUAUCCAGCAAUACAAGUAUCUCCUCAACAUACAGUGCUCGUUGGAUAACUGUUCCCACUGCAUUCCUAAGCAGUGUUCCAUCUGAGCUGCACAGCCAUACAGCCACUGGGAAGGUCGGUGUACAUAGCACCAAUGCAUUGCUUCUACUUCCAGUAGCCACUGCUGUGCAUGGGCAACAAGAAAGAUUAAUAGAGAACAUUGAUCCUGGGAUCCAUGCUCAGUGCCAUACAUUGCCACAUGCACCUUCUUGACCUCUCCAUCAGAAUUGCCUAAGGCUGUCUCAAAGUUUUGCUGUUUCACAAUUCCAUGUCAUUCUUGUUGCCUUAACAAAAACUUGAUCUCUUCCUUUUCAAGUGUUAGGGUAUAUGUCAAACCUGUAUAACCUUUCCUUGAUAAAGCAGACUGCCCAGUUUAGAUAUUAGCCUAAUAAACAUUCUCUGAACUACUACCCAUACAUUUACAUCCUUCCAAAAGCAAACUAAUAAUACUGUAGAGUACUCAAAGUGCGAUCUCACCAAUGCCCUGUAUACUUGAAGCAUACUCCCCACUUUUGUAUUCCAUUCCCCUCACAAUAAACAAUAAUAUUCUAACUUUCCUACAUAGUAGUCUUUGCAAUGCCUGAGAACGUCCAGAACCAUCUGUAUCUUAAGCUCUACAGUCUUCCACCAUUUAGAUAAUGCGCUUUUGCUGUCAUUUCAUCUAAGUAGUUUUUAUAAAGUUAUAAAUGGUUGAGGUCCCAGCACAGAUCUGUGUCACACCACUCAUUAGAUCAUGCUAACCCAAAGAAAGACUCAUUUAUGCCUACGCUGUUCUUCCAGAUGGCCAACCAAUCUUUAUUCCUUGUAAAUAUUUUACUCCCCACACUGAGCUUUUAUUUUCUAUAAUGUCUUUUUGUUAAGAAUGUUAAAAUGACAAUUGAGACUGAGGUAGCUACGGGUCAGAAUUGUCAGCUGUGCUCAUGUCCUCAAGAAUGCAAAUAGGUUCCCCUUUACAGCAAUUAGCAAGUUUCUACUUUUAUAUACAUUAUCAUAGUUAUGUAUCUUAAAGUGGAGAAAUGUUUUGAAACGCUCACUAUUUAGUGAUUAAUUCUUUAGAGCAUUGUAUGAGUAAAUAUUCUAUAUUAGUGAUCCUUUCAUUGUUUUAACAGAUUUCCACUCUUGUGCAAGUCCUUUCUCGACAGGGUUAAAUGCCCAAUCAUCCUUUGUAAUUUUAAGCAGGUCUCGGCUUUGAGUUAGUUAAGCAUGUCCCAAUCCCUUUUGAUGCCUACAGCCAUGUGUCACCCCGAUAAUCCAGAUGGCUAUUAAUUUCAGUAUAUAUAUCUUGGUUCACCUUUGGCACUUUAUCGAGUUAAGUGCCUUCUGAAAUUUAAUUGCUGUGCAUCAACCGGUUCCCCUUUAUCCACAGCAAUGUACUUCUUCAAAGAACUCAAAUGGAUUUCAUUAAACACUAUUUCCCUUUUGCAAAACCUUGUCGACUCUGUCUGAUUACUUUGAACUUCUGUAAAUGCCAUACCAUAAUUCACAAGUAAUUGUUUCUCACAAUUACUGCAUGGUGGAUGUUUUACGAACCCGCUGUAGCUUCCUACUUUCUGUCUUCCUCCCUUUUUGAAUAAAAGAGUUACAUUUGAAGUUUUCCAAUCUAAUCGGACUUUCCCUGAGUGGAGUUUUGAAAACUAAGGCAUCAAUGACCUCGUUAGCCAUUUCUUUUAAGACCUUAAGAUGAAACCCGUAAGGACUUAUACAGAUGCUCAUCAAUUUACGCAAUACCAUUUCUUUGAAAAUUGUAAUUUUCCAGAAUUCCCCACCCCUCCCAUUUCCUAAUUUAUUGCUAUUUCUGAGGUGUUACUUGUAUCUACCCUAGUGAAGAUUGUGAAAAAUACCUGUGAUUUUAUCUGUUUUUUUUUUAUUUUUCAUGAUCAGUUCUCCAAACUCCUCAAGAUGACAAUGUUCUCUUUGUUAACUCUUGGGGUUUUUCUAGAUUUCUUUUAGCUUUCUAUUAGCUUUCUUUUGUAGUCCUCGCUAUUUUAAGUAUUCUGUCCGAUCUUCUAGCAUGCUACCUGUCUUUGUACCGUUGCAUAUUUUUCUUUCAGUUGGAUAUUAUAACCUUUCUAGUUAACCACAGAUGGUGAUUUUGCUCCUUCGAAUUUUCUUGCUUGGAAUGUGUCAAAUCUGUAUUCUGAAAUAUCCCUUCAGAUAUCUACCACUGCAUCUUUAUUGACCUAUCCAUUUCAACUAACUUGACAGUUCACGUUAGCUAGCUCUGCUUUCUUGCCCUCAUAAUUGCCCUUAUUUAAGUUUUGGAAAAUUGUCCUAAAUCCCAUCCUCCCUCCCUCAAAUUGAAUAUAAAAUUUGAUCAUCUUAUGGCCACUGAUAACUUAGUGGCAACUUCAUAAUGAGAACAUUCAUCAAUCCUGUCUCGUUGCACAAUGCCAGGUCUAUUACAGCCUUCUUUCUAUUCCAGGACAUGUUAAGAAUAUUUCAUAAAACAUUUCAUAAAAAUAUUCUGUGCCUUCCUCAUGUAGGCUACCUUUUCCCAUCUGACUUUUCUGGUCUAAAUACAGAUUAAUAUCUCCCAUGAUUAUCACUGUGCCUUUCUGGCGAGCUCUCAUUAUUUCUUCCUUUAUGCUCCACCUAGCCUGUGGUUACUGUUGAGAGAUCUGUUUACCACUCUCACAAGUGACUUCUUGCCUUAAUGCUCACCUUCACCCAAACUAUUUCCACAACCUGGUUUCCUGAAUUUGGGUCAUCCCUCUCUAUUGUGUUAAUAUCAUCAUAAACUAAUGGAGCCACCCUUUACCUUUUUCUGUCUUCCUAAUUAUCCUGUACCCUUUUAAUUCAAGUACCAAUCCAUAACCAUCCUGCAGCCAUGUCUUUCAAAUGGUUACCGGACCAUAUUUCUUAAAAUUUCUAUUUGCACUCAGUUUGUCUGUUUUGUUUCAAAUAAUUUCUGUGUUCAAGUACCAUGUCUUUAGUUUAACCCUUUUAUUCUUUUUAAUAUCCUGUACUGUUAUCUGUUGAUUUUCCUUUAAGACCUGUACCCUUUAUCCCUUCCUGUCACAGUCUGUUUAUCAUUUCCAACAUUAAUACCUUUCCCUUCUGUCAUUAACUUUACUCUUUGAUCUAACACAUUUUCCCACAUUUGAUCCCUUGCCCUCACUAUUUAAUUUAAAAUCCUCUGCACUUCCCUAGUUAAGUGACUGACAAGUACAUGAGCCCCAGCAUGGCUCCAGUGAAGUCCAUCACAGUAUUACAGAUCCUGCUUUCCCCAGUAUUGAUUUUUGACUUUGCUCACUGAGCCUCUUUAUUAUUUAAUCACUCCUGCUUCUCUCCUGUCAUCUUACCUCUCCCCUCCCCAAUUUCCACUUGCUUAAAACUACCAUAUCUCUUCUCCCAGUUCUGAAUAAAGUCAUUAACUUAAAAUAUUAACUCCUGAAUUUCUCAAGGGAAACAGAUACAAUCAAUCUACAUAACUAAAGUCCUUCAUCCCUGAAACUGUUCCUGUGUAUCUUGUCUGCAGUCUUUCA